AUGGGUGACUGGUCAAUUUUGGGACGUCUUUUAACAGAGGUCCAGAAUCAUUCAACUGUUAUUGGAAAAAUAUGGCUAACGAUGCUCCUCAUUUUUCGAAUUCUCCUAGUAACACUGGUGGGAGAUGCUAUGUAUGGAGAUGAACAAUCUAAAUUCACUUGCAAUACCCUUCAGCCAGGUUGCAACAAUGUAUGUUAUGAUAGCUUUGCCCCUGUCUCACAUUUUAGGUUCUGGAUAUUCCAGAUAGUCUUGGUAUCAACACCUUCCAUUUUUUACAUAAUCUAUGUUCUGCACAAAAUUGCUAAAGAUGAGAAGACUGAACUAGAAAGGGCCUACGUCAUGGAACUUCUUCAAAGCAUAUCAAUUGGUGAACAUUUACCUAAGAGUAGAAAAAGCCCGGAUGCAGAUGAACAGGAAGAAGUCAAGGACAUUUCCAGGAAAGGAGAUAUGUUUAAGCCAAAACUCACUACCGAUCCUAGCCGAGGGCCCAUUCCAGUGUUUGAUAAGAUGCACAUUAUAUAUAUUGUUCAUGUGGUUCUCAGGUCAAUUAUGGAGAUGGCAUUCUUAGUCGGUCAAUACUAUCUUUAUGGUUUUGAAGUUCCUCAUCUUUUCCAAUGUCAAAGCUACCCUUGUCCCACCAAAACUGAUUGUUUUGUCUCCAGGGCUACCGAGAAGACAGUCUUCCUUAACUUUAUGUUUGGAGUUGGUCUUGGGUGUUUUAUUCUGAAUAUUGUUGAGUUGCAUUACUUGGGGUGGUUCUAUGUAUUUCGGAUUUUAGCACUUGCCUGUAACAGUUGUUGUGAAUUCAAGAGCAGGAAGAAGAAGAGGCCCAUCGUGCUUUACCCUGAGCAGAAUAAUCUGCUUAUUCAUUUAAAAGACACUAUACAAGAAAGGUUUGUCCUAAAGACAUCAUCAAGUCUUUCCCCGGAGAAAAUAAGCUUCCUGCCUACGACACCAGCAAACACCAUAUCCUUCACAAGUGAAGAUUAUAAUGAUGCUACCUCAAGAAAGAGUCCAGACAUUAAGCAGGGUAACUUAGCUAAAAUAAACAAGAUGAAGAAGUCCUGGCUAUAA